GAAUACUGCGUAACUAGUCUUUCUAAGAUUCUGAUCCAGAUGAUAACUUCAAUAAACUAGUUUCUUUAUUUGGUUUUGGCCAAUUUUAGUUAAUUUUAUCUUUAGUUGUUUAGUUGUUUAUUACGUUUGAUCAAAAUGGGCGAAGAAUGGCCACCUCUUAAAAAUGAUCGUAUUCUUAGGAUCAUUAAAGGCGAAACAACUGAUUUUACUCCAGUUUGGGUGAUGAGACAAGCUGGACGUUAUUUACCUGAGUUCAGAGAAAUCCGUAAACAUCAUGCCUUCUUUGAUCUAUGCAGAACACCAGAAUUGGCAACUGAAGUUACUCUUAUGCCAAUUCGUAAGUUUCAACUUGAUGCCGCAAUCAUUUUUUCGGAUAUCCUGGUGAUCCCACAAGCUUUGGGUAUGGAGGUGUCAAUGGUACCCGAUGUUGGUCCAGUAUUCUCUGAACCACUUCAAGGUCCUGCUGAUUUAAAAAAAUUGAAUGCAACAGUUGACAUAGCUACUGAAUUAAAAUAUGUCCAUGAUGCUAUUCGUCUUACAAGACACAAGCUAGAAGGUAAAGUGCCAUUAAUUGGUUUUGCUGGAGCUCCAUGGACUUUAAUGGGGUACAUGAUUGAAGGAAAAGGGUCUAAAACCUUUUCAAAAGCUAAAAAAUGGUUAUAUCAACAUCCUUAUGAAUCAGUUCAACUACUAGAAAUGAUUACCGACAAAAUUAUUGAUCAUUUAUACCUUCAAGCCAAAUCAGGAGCUCAAUUGUUACAAGUUUUUGAGUCUCACCUCGGCUAUUUGAGUCCAAAAUUGUUCACUGCCUUUGAGUAUCCGUUCCUCAAAAAAAUAGCUGAAACUGUCAAAAGUAAACUCAAAGCUGAUAAUUUGGAACCAGUGCCAAUGAUCAUUUUCGGGUUACAUGGACACUUCGCCAUUGAAGCCUUAGGAGCAGAUCCAAAUUUGUACGAUGUUGUUGGAAUUGAUUGGACUAUGGAUGCGGCUAAAGCCCGUGCAAAGGUUCAUAAAGACGUUACUCUAAUGGGAAACCUCGAUCCUUGUGCCUUAUAUGGUGAGGUGGAUGAUAUUGAUUUGUACGUUUCAGAAAUGGUUGAAGCCUUUGGAACUAAACGUUAUAUUGCCAAUUUAGGCCAUGGAAUUUACCCUGAUGUAAAUCCACAAUGUCUUAAUGCAUUUGUCAACGCGGUUCAUAAGCAUUCCGCCAUAUUCAACAGAAAGCAAUCACAAGCUUAAUCCAGAUUAUUGAUUAAAUUUAACCAACCGCCAACUAAUCAGAAAUAUACUUAAACUUGAACUAAUAUUAUUUCAAAUAAAGAUUGUUAUUAUUUGAUUUCAAA